AUGACUUCAAAAGUGAGCUGCGUGUUUUUAGCUCAAGCUAUCCUGAUUCAGGUAGCGUUCAGCCAGUAUAUGAGCCGCAAUGCUCCUGCUCUUGCCACUCCUUGCAGCGCUUCUAUAGCAGCUUCUACCUUAAGUAGUCCAUUUUUUGAAACCUCUUAUCUUCAGAAAUACCCCGCAUUAGCAUCUUCGGCCAUUGAAGUUGAAAAUGUAUUGAGUCAAUGCGUCGGUAGUUAUGGAACUGAAGUAACCAAUAAUGCUGCCUUUGGCUAUGGAUCAGGACCAGCUGCUAUCCCUUCUGGUGCCAUUUCUUCAAAUCUUGGCAGGGGUAGUUCUGGUUUUGGAUUCACCAGCGGUUUCGGAGGACAAGGGUCUUUUAGCAAUGCUGGUAGUCUUGGCUAUGAUGCUACAAGUGGGGCAGCUUACGGUGGUAACGGUGAAGGCAACGUGAUAGUGAACAUCUGUGGUCAAUGUGUUGGCAUUCCUGGCGUAGCUGAAGAGUUUGCAGUAGCUGGCAACGGCCUUGCAUAUGGACCAGGUCUAGGAGCUUUUGGAGCUCCUGCUCUAUCUUACCCGGGUGCUCCAUACGGCGCUUACGCAGGACUCAAUGCAGCACCAACCAGCGGUGGUGGUUUUGCUGUCACCAGCGUAUCUCCUAUUACUCCUACGGGAAUCUCAGUAGUUUCCGAGAACGCGAUUGAAGGAGCUGUGUCAAUAGUGGGAGAGCUGCCUUUCUUAGGUGCGGUGGCAGUUGAAGGCGCUUUGCCUACUGCUGGUGCUGGUGGAAUCAAUUACGGCUGUGGUAAUGGCGCUGUUGGCAUUGUGAGUGAGGGUGUUGCACCUCCUGUUGCACCAAAUGCCUACCCAGGAAAUGUUGGUUUUGGAGCUGCUGGUUUUAACGGUGGACUGCCGUACGGAGCCGGUCUUGGUGGGUUGGGUUAUGGAGCCAGACCAGGCUGCGGUCUGGGUGGUAUGGGAGCUGUUUAUUAA